CAUGCUCGCGUUACGCCAUCCUGCGCGAGUUCUCGCUUACGUAAAAGCAGCAGCGUGUCGAGAGGAAGUUUCCGCCUCCUGGUCGUUGGGCGCCUGUCUGCGGAAGCGUGGAUGAACAGAAGGGACUCGACGACGGUCACACCGAACAUGCCGGGGAUGCUGCUGGGCGAUGUGCUUCCAAAUUUCCAGGUGGAGACCACCUGCGGCCAAAUUAAACUGCACGAAUUUCUCGGCGAUUCAUGGGGAAUCCUGUUCUCCCACCCCAGAGAUUUCACCCCGGUGUGCACCACAGAGCUGGGCCGCGCUGCCAGACUGAGCAGCGAAUUCACCAAACGCAACGUCAAGAUGAUCGCCCUGUCCAUCGACUCUCUGGAGGACCACCACGCCUGGACCAAGGACAUCCUGGCAUACAACGGCGAGGAGUCGGCCCGCUGCUCGCUGCCCUUUCCCAUCAUAGCGGACAGCAAACGGGAGCUGGCGGUCGCCCUGGGCAUGCUGGACGCGGAUGAGAAGGACAAAGACGGCGUGCCGCUCACUGCGCGCUGUGUGUUCGUCAUCGGGCCCGACAAAAAGCUGAAGCUGUCGGUCCUCUACCCGGCCACCACCGGGCGCAACUUCGACGAGAUCCUGCGAGUGGUGGACUCCCUCCAGUUGACGGCAGGGAGACAACUGUCCACACCUGCCGACUGGAGGCCCGGAGACAGUGUGAUGGUCCCCGCCGGCAUGUCUGAGGAGGAGGCCGCCUCUUUGUUCCCAGCUGGCGUCUACUCCAAAGACCUGCCCUCUGGCAAGAGGUACCUGCGCUACACGCACCAGCCGUAGGGACCGUCCGCCAGAGACGGAAUCCAGCAGCUGCCAUUGAGGGUUUUUUUUUUUUUUUU